AUGCGGAGCCUCUGUUGGCUGCUACUUGUUUGCUCCUUCGACGCGGCGCGAGUGGCUGUUGGCAAUUCACAGGCCGUGGAGAGAGCAGUGGGCCAUGCCAUGAGCAGCGUCGCGAAAAACUCUUUCCCAGGUGUGGCGGAGGCGGCAGCAAAGCUUUUGAUGGGGGCUUUCGCGAGGAGCAUGGAUGGGAUUCGCGGCAGCAAGCUGGUGAGGGAGCUCAAGUACCUCGUGCAUCCCCCCAGUACUGAUCCGGAGAGCUUCAAGAAUGCCAUCAGCGGGAUCGGCCCCGGGCUGGUGUCGUACUUGGGGUGUAUCGACAGACUGGGGAGCGACCAGCGGCCGAGCGCUGUGCAGGUUCUGUCCAGAGAUCGCUGCGGAUCGCUGCUCUCUUCGCUCUCCCGCCAGACACCCUUCCGCCAACCGCAGACGGCUUUCAAGAGGAUGGAAGGACUAGAAACCAAACUCCAGCUGAUCAGUGCCGUCCCCGAAAGUGCCCCCAUGAACAGCCCGCACGGAGGACCCCCAAACGCAGAUCCCGACAACCUGACUUCAGCCGUGAGAAGCGUUUUGGCAGUGUUCGAGGAAGACUUGGACAAACACUACAGCUCUUUCGCCCGCUCUCUGAUGUCUUCGUCGGACCAUGAAGAAGCGAAGGUGUUUCUGCGAAGAAUAGGACCCCAUUUGAUGGCGGCUCUGCAGCUCGCCUGGGAAACCGUCGAAAGGCUCCCCCCAGCAGAACGGACGACACACUCGAGACGUCUGGCAGCUGCAGCACGCGACCUCGCACAGCUGGAUGCGUGCGCUCAAGAGGCUGCAAACGAGCUGCAACCCCUCCUCGAGGAUUACCCAGUUAUCGCCUACAACAGCACACCGCCUCUCACACUGGCGGAGCUCCAGCUCACCAAAUUUCCUCAGCAGAGUACUGCGCUGCUCCAGUCUCCCCUACAGGGACAGAGCUCUUUCCUUCCUGCACGUAUAAACUCAAGUGCUACACCUUCCCCCCAACUCGGAGACAGCCAUGCAGCUGCCCCAACAACAUACGCAGUACGCGCCAAAAUCGCAGCAGCAGCAAUACUUCCUGCAACAGCAAUACUUCCCGCAGCCUCCCCAAUUCAUGGACCUGCACCAACGUGCAUUUUGGGAGCGUCUUCUGGAACGGCAGCAGCAGCAGCAGCAGCAGCAGCUAGAUCAACGACGAGUGCCGCAACUGCCUCCGAACUAUCAGAAUUACUGGGAGCCCUAACUAAUCCGUUGGCGCAGUUGCAAUUAGGUCGACCCGUGUGGGCGAAGUGCAUACACUAG